AUGGGAGGCUUUGAGGGUCAUCUGUACCCAGGCCUGUCCCUCUUCCUCUACGGACUUUAUCACGCACGACUCGUUUUCAGGGCCUUGAUAUGCAACAGCCCCGUUCAGUAUCUCCCACGCUGUCCCUGGAGCAAAGGAAGAUGGGCCAGGCUGCAGCAAAUGUACUAUGUCGGCUUGGUGAAGAUACUGAGCGCCUGCAUUUUAGUAGCCCAAGAGCUGCAUAGCAUUCCUGGACAGUUUGUAUUCAUCAGCAAGAUAUAUCAUCAGAGGAACUUUUUGUAUCGCAAGCAGUGGCAGCACCUCACUCUGUAUAUGACCUUCUUCCUGAGUGGGUGUGUAGAUGUGGUAAGCCAAAACCUGCUGCCCCAGAGGUGCGCUGCUCUGGAGCAAAGUGCCCAAGUCCUGGGCAUGUUUCUGCUUCUGCCCCUGAUGGUGUCUCACAUACAGGACUCAGAAGGCGUGGAGCUGCAGUCGCACCUCCUGCUCAUAGGUCAUCUUUUUUUGCUCGUGGUCAUUGCAGAAUUCUGGGCUCCCAACGUGCUGCAGCUCUGGGUGAUGAAGGCCUUUCUGUAUAUGAUUCUAGGCUCUUGGCUGAUGCAGAUAGGCUUUAUGCUGUACAAACCCAUCUCAGGCCAUAAGUGGAUGGACGAUGACAAAAACGACAUUAUAUUCGUCACCACCUUCUUCUGCUGGCAUGUGGCUUCCAUUGCCAUUUUGAUGACCUGGAUCUACGGCUUCUCGUUUUGGUGGUAUUGUUACGUUUGUUGA